AUGCCAAAAGAAGCAGUUCGACCUUUUGAAAGGUCACUUCGAGAUGGUACAACGAUGAUUGACGUAGCUGUUGCCUUAUGGAUUCCAGGAGUUGGUAUCCCUGCCAUUUGGGGACGAGCCUGGGAAGAAGAUGGUGGAAUGCAAGCUUUAUUUAUUUUUGGUAAUAAGGUCAAAGUGUUAAAACGAGGUUUUCGAGUAUUAAUUUACAAUGGUUCACCAGACACUAAUGGAUUCAAGUUUACUUGGAUGCGGGUAAAAGAUGUUGACCAUGGUACCAUAUUAUUUUCUGGUGCAAAUAUGCAUACACCAGCGGUAUUCUCAGAAGAUGGUCAAUAUGAAUUUCUUGGUGAUGCGGACUGGCAGAAAAGAAAGAUGGAAUUUGUGAAAUAUGGUUCUGACGAGCCGCAUACAGUUGGAAAUUAUGGUGGAAGAUUAUAUUUUGACAAUGAUGUUUAUGUGCUCACCAAGCAGCGAUGUAAUUGUCGGUGUUAA